GGCGGCGCCGGGGGGAGGAGAUGACGUCACGGCGGCGGCGUCUCUCCCCUUCCUGUGUGGGGAUCGGACGGUUUGCUGGCACUGGAGGGUGAGGGGUUUCCAGGAGGUGGACAGGCUUGGCUUCCUCAGGAGGACUUCUUCAUCAUACCUUGGUUAUAUGCGCAAUGAGGUCCAGCUCCCGCUGUAAGCGCUAGAAACCCAGCGCUACUGUCACUUCACCCCGCCCCCCCCCUCUACUUCUGACCAUUACCAGCCCUGGGCUCCAUUUUAUGAAUGGUCAGGAGGGGAGUGGAAAGGCAACCAUAGCACUUGGGUCUAGUGCUUACAGCCAGGAAGGUACAGGGGGGCAUAGAAGUAUGGCAGUGAGGUCCUCCCGGGGAACGAGAACGUUCACCUGAUGGAAAACUAUGAAGGGCUCUGCAGAGGCGGGGACGCUGAGAUGGAGGAUCGGAAGCCUUUACUGGACGGAAUCAGGAGCAGAACGAAGAGGAGUCCAAGUCCACCCCUCUCCUUCACACCUCACUGCCCGCAGAGUAUUAAACAGGAAGUUAAGGAUUCUCCACGUAGUUGUACAGAAGAUGACUACAGAGACCGGUGUGAAGACACAGACUAUUACAACGAGGCCCAGCAAUACUUCAAGGAGGAGGAAGAACAGGAAGAGUAUGGCACCCACCAAGAUGACCAGCUAGAUGAUGAUGGUCAUGAGGUGGCCACACAGACAGAGCAAGGGGACGAGAUGCAGAUCAAAGAGGAGCAGGAGCCUGUGGAUAUCGACGAUGGCUAUGACAUGAAUGAUCAAGAUUCUUGCGAUUCAGCCACAACAUCCAGAGCUGGGUGCCUGCCAAUCGACGAGUACGGGCAACUAGCAGACAAGCCGAAACAGUACAUCUGCUCGGAGUGCGGCAAAGGGUUCAGCCUCUACUCCUAUCUCACCAAACACCAGCGCUGCCACUCGGACGAGAAGCCUUUCACCUGCAUCGAGUGUGGCAAGUGUUUCCGAUACAAGCCCAGCCUGGUCGCUCACCAGCGGGUCCACACGGGCGAGAAGCCGUUUUCCUGCACGGAGUGCGGCAAGCUCUUUGUUACCAAGUUCAACUUGAAGGCCCACGCCAAGGUCCACACCGGAGAGAAGCCAGUGGAGUGCCCGGCGUGUGGCCGUUGCUUCAGCAACAACCCGGCGCUGGUGAAGCACCUUCGGAUCCACACGGGCGAGAAGCCCUUCUCUUGCACCGUCUGCGGCAAGGUCUUCGCCAGCCGCUCCUGCCUGAACGCUCACCAAGUCAUCCACACGGGCGAGCGCCCGUACAUGUGUGCCGAGUGCGGCAAGGCCUUCGCCAACCAGUCCAACCUCAUCUCCCACCGGAUCAUCCACACCGGCCAGAAGCCGUACAUCUGCCCCGAGUGCGGCCGGGGCUUCGCCAACCAGUCCAACCUGGCCAAACACAAAAUGACCCACACGGACCACAAGCCCUUUGUCUGCAUAGAGUGCGGCAACGUCUUUGCCAGGAAGGAGGGCCUGGCCAAACAUUUCGAAAGGAUACACAAGAAGAAAUUAGAAUUCCACAAUGGCGCCGCCUGGCUGACUCGGUGGGGAGAGAGAGUGGACGCCGGAGAGGAGGUCACCCGAGGGUCUCCGCUGCCGGCUGUACUCAAGGUGACCAUGGAGGACCCCCUUAUGUUGGAUGGGUCCAGCAGUAAAGACGCAUCGGAUAGACGUCGCCAAUCGUCGCAUUCCCCGCAUUCCAACACCCCUCACCAGAGAGAAAAUCAAGUAAACGUGGAAGAAGAUCGCACUGCGCAGAGCGAUGAGGAGGAGGAAGUUCCUCCAGAGAUCAGCCCAGACAUAUCCGUCAAGAGAACUACGGUGGAGAGGCGCCCCCUUCCAAUUUUCUCACUGAAGCGGGAUGGAAGGAAAUGGCAGAGGAUACGUAUUAAGAGUGAAAUCAAUUUGGAGGUUCGGGAGGAAGACACGGUGGAAGAACAGAAAGACAGACCCUUCAACAGAAGUACACCGGAGCGAUUUCCCAGCCCUGCUCUCUCGGACAAUUCUGAUGCAGAAUAUAGCCAACAAGAUUUACAGGGGGAGUCUCCAGGAGGUGGGACAAAUGGCGCCAUAUUGCUAGAGGAAGACUUGUACCUAACAGAUGAGCAGGAGACGAAGGAGGAGGAAGAGUCUACUCUGGACUUUGACGCGGGCUAUGAGUGCGAUUACGACCAGGAACUCGACCAUUACCACUCGUUGCCUGGAGACAUCAACCUCAAGAAGUUCUCAGAGUACGACCAGGUCAACGCUGGGGACAACCCGACCGCCGAAGGGGGGAAAAAUUUCAUCUGCACCGAGUGUGGGAAGAGCUUUAGCCAUUUCUCCUACCUCACCAAGCACCAGCGUUCCCAUUCGGGGGAGAAGCCGUUUUCCUGCGCUGAAUGUGGCAAGCGCUUCACCUACAAGCCCAGCUUGGCGGCCCACCAGAGGGUGCACACUGGGGAGAAGCCCUACGCCUGCUCAGAAUGCGGGAAACUGUUUGCCAGCAAGUUUAACUUGAAGACUCACGAAAAGAUCCACUCUGGGGACAAGCCGGUGGUCUGUCCGGCAUGCGGAAAGUGUUUCAGCAACAAUCCGGCUCUGGUAAAACACCUGCGGAUCCACACUGGUGAGAAGCCCUUCUCCUGCAGCCAGUGCGGCAAGUUCUUCUCAAGCCGCUCUGGCCUAAACGCCCACCUCAUACUUCACACAGGCGAGAAGCCCUUUAUGUGUUCGGAAUGUGGCAAGUCUUUCGCCAACCAGUCCAACCUCAUCUCCCACCGCAUUAUCCACACUGGCGAGAAGCCCUACGCCUGCAACGAAUGCGGCAAAGGCUUCGCCAACCAGUCCAACUUGGCUAAACACAAAAUCAUCCAUACCGAAGAGAAGCCCUUCCUCUGCAUGGAGUGUGGAAAAUUCUUCACCCGGAAGGGUAGCCUAGACAAACAUCGGCAGAGGAUCCAUGAAAAGACCAAACGUGUUCUCCAUUCACCUGAACCGGUGAAUUUUGACAGUGCUAAGAUCACCCCCCCCCCCACAAACCAAGAUGACUCAGAUCUGCUGGCUACUACUCUGGUCUUCUUACAAAGGCCUGUGUCAUUUUUUGGUGCUCAAAGGCGAGGUAGUUCUGCCACGAACAUUGCUAAGAUCACCCCCGCAAACCAAGACGUCUCGGCUCUGCUGGUUACUACUCUGGUCUUCUAUUUUUUUGGUGCCCAGAGCCUUGGAGGCCGUCCCCAAACCGGGUCCUUAGCACCGGGGCCUGAGCCCAGCCUCAAGAUGGAGAAGGAUCGGAGUCACGUGACUAAGCAAAUAAUUAAGCUCACCCUGAAGAUACUCUACAUGCUGACCGGAGAGGUUUAUGUUCCCGAUACAAACUCCAGCGAUUGUGUGACACCCGGGAGCCACCCCCUUGUCUCAGGUGGAUGGAGGGGGAUCCAGAGCUCCACCAAGGACCCUCCUCCUCCCUCUGUGAUGAUUGAGAAAAACAAUGUCAAGAUCCUAGAAGUCAUCCAGAAGAUCAUUGAGCUGCUGACAGGAGAGUCCAGUAAUGGGAACCCACCAGAGAGAUGUCCCCGUCCUCUGUAUUCCCGGGACUCCACACAGGAAGAAAUCAUCCCUGAGGAUUCUGCUGAAGAACUCCACCAGCCCUUUCACCAAACGGUCUCUGAGAAUGAACAUUCGGAUAUUUGGACGAUUGACUCCGAUCCGGGAAUGGAGGAGGAGGGAGAACCGUUCUCAGAAAGUAACCUGCAGGAGGACAAAGAGGAGGAGGAAAUGGCAAAUUAUAUCGGCACAGAUGAUUCGAGUGUUGCCAGUACCCCAGACAGAUGUACCGACCCCGACACCGACCACAUUUAUCCCCAAGAGUAUUCACUGAAUGAGACGCCAUACAAAAGAUUUAAAAAGGAGGACAAUCUGAACAUUGUGGUGAUCGACAUUGAAGACGAGGACGAAGAUGAAGAGGCCGACGGGCUUUGUAAGGAGAAGGAAAUGCCUGCAGAGAUCAGCCCAGAUUUUGGACAUGGGGCUCAUCCUUUAGACUUAUUCCGCUGUCCCCCCUUCCCAUCCAAUUACCAGAUGAAACACAGCGACUUUUACCAAAGCGUCCACGCUCCCAGCAACUUCAACUCCAGCGCCAACCUGUACACCCCCAACCUCAGCCGCAACCCGUACGGAAAAUACCUACGAGACGUGGACCCGGGGGCCAACGUGCCGGCGAGAGCCGCCACCAAGCAGCAUAUGUGCAACGAGUGCGGCAAGUGCUUCGCACACAACAGCGACCUCCUGAUCCACAAGCGGCUGCACCGCGGCAAGGUGCCGUUCAUCUGCUCCGUCUGCGGCAAGCUCUUCAGCAGCAACUCCUACCUCAUGGUGCACCUGAGGCUCCACGCCGGCGAGAAGCCCUUUUCCUGCACGGAGUGCGGCAAAAGCUUCAAGAGCAACUCCCACCUGGUGACGCACAUGCGCAUCCACCGCGGCGAGAAGCCCUUCGUCUGCGCCGAGUGCGGCAAGAGCUUCAACGACAAGUCGAACUUCGGCCGCCACAAGCGCAUACACACGGGGGAGAAGCCGUACACCUGCGACCUGUGCGGCCGAGGCUUCAACCGCAAAGCCAACCUCUUGAUCCACGAGCGCACGCACACGGGCGAGAAGCCGUACUGCUGCGCCGAGUGCGGCAAGCGCUACACCAGCAAGGCAGAGCUGGUCCGCCACCGGCUCUUCCAUUCCAGCAGUAAGCAGUUCUCCUGCCCGGAGUGCCCGGAAAAGUUUGCGGACAAGUCGAGCCUCCUUGUUCACCAAAUUGCUCACCAGAGGGAGAGGCCUUACACCUGUGGUGAAUGCGGCAAGUCCUUCACCAACAACUCGCAGCUGGUGACGCACGAGCGCAUCCACAAGGGAGAAAAGCCCUUCGAGUGUCAGGAGUGCGGGAGGAGCUUCAACGACAAGUCCAACUUCAUCCGCCACAAGAGGAUCCACACGGGGGAGAAGCCAUAUGCCUGCUUCCAGUGCGGCAAAGUGUUCAACCGCAAGGCCAACCUCCUCCUGCACCACCGGACUCACACGGGAGAGAAACCAUUUAGUUGCAUGCAGUGCGGGAAGUGCUUUAGCAGUAACUCCGGACUAGUCGCCCAUCAGAGACUUCACACGGGUUAAGUAGACCAUAAACAUGACCACAUCCUUGCGAUGCCAGGAGCAAACAAGGAGCCGUGACAGGACCCCGAAAUUGUCUUUUUUUUUACAAUCUUUUAUAUACUGCAAUGUGCACUGUAAAAGAAACAAACACAGAAUGAAUGGGCUGCAUGUCACCUGAGACAAUGGUGUUCCUAACCUUUCAUGCAACCGGUUCUAGUAGUAUGCGGAAGCCUUUGGAAGGGGCAUUUUUUGUAUUUAUUUUUCACACGCUGCAUGUUUUUCCCAGUAGGAGAAGCAAAGGCAGAAUUAUCAUUCAGCACUUAAGCCGAUAGUAAAGCAUUCCCCUUUAUCCCACACAUGAUUGGCUAUAGAAGAAUGGCCUUCAUUAGCAUGCCAGGAGAGGAUUAGAAACCUUGGCAAGCUCAGAUUUUUUUGAUUUUUUUUGUCUGGCUCUUCUAUACUUUAACAUACUCAUCUCCAAUGCUGCAGAACCAAACACAGAAUGAACAGGCAGCAGAUUGCCAGACACAGACCGAUGCUCACCUCACUACACUCCAUUGGCUGUAGGGAAUUCACAGGAUCUUAGAAAGGUUCUGAAUUUUGUUUAGAGAACCAUUUUACUGAAAUACACUACACACAAACAUGUGUUUUACCCGGAUUCAGGUAUACUUACGACGGGUGUAUCAGUAGAUACGCCGUCGUAAGUCCGAAUCCGCGCCGUCGUAUCUUUAGGCGUAUUCUCAAACUG